CACUCAUUUAAUGAGAACCAAAAACAUGGCUACCAUUUCCCUUGAUCCAAGGUUUAAUCUCCAAGUUGGCAAGAACCAGCACCAACAUGGAGGAGUUGUUGAAGAGAUUGACGGUCUUAUAAGAGUUUACAUGGAUGGACAUGUUGAGAGGCCUUCAAUUGUCCCUAUUGUCCCCUGCACCAUGUCAUUAGAGCGUGGUGUGACGGCAAAUGAUGUUGUAAUCGAUAAAUGCACUAGCUUAUGGGCACGUAUAUAUGUCCCAAGCUGUUUUGGCAAGCUUCCAUUUCUUGUUUAUUUUCAUGGAGGUGGAUUUUGUGUAGGUUCUGCUGCUUGGAGCUGUUACAAUGAGUUCCUGUCCAAUCUUGCUUCCAAAGCAAAUUGUGUGAUCAUCUCUGUAAAUUAUCGUUUAGCCCCUGAGAACCGUCUCCCUGCUGCAUAUGAAGAUGGUUUCAACACACUUAUGUGGGUGAAACAACAAGCUCUAAAUGGUUCAACUGAGCACAGAUGGUGGUUGAGGCAUUGCAAUCUCACUAGCAUGUUCCUAGCAGGUGACAGUGCAGGGGCCAAUAUAGCUUACAAUGUGGCCACACGGCUAGGGUCAAGUGGCACAUCUGAUUUCACCAUCUUAAGGCCAUUGUAUCUCAAAGGUACCAUCUUGAUCCAACCUUUCUUUGGAGGAGAGGCACGAACUUGGUCAGAAAAGUAUACCAAUCAACCGGCUAAUUCAGCACUAUCCCUAUUGGUUUCUGAUACAUAUUGGCAUUUAUCACUACCUAUUGGGUCUAACCGUGACAAUCCAUGGUGUAACCCUCUAGCAAACGGCAUGGCCAAGUUGAGGGACUUUAGGCUUCCAAACAUAAUGGUAUGUGUAUCGGAGACGGACAUAUUGAAGGAUAGGAACUUGGAGUUUUGCACAGCCUUGACUAACGCAGGGAAGAGGGUGGAAACAGUGAUGUACAAAGGCGUAGGGCAUUCAUUCCAAAUUCUGCAUAACUCUCAGCUCUCUCAACCUCGAACCCAAGAAAUGAUGUCCCAUAUCAAGGCUUUCAUUAACGAAUAACUACUGGGAUUUUCCUUUUUCUUUUGAUUUUUUUGGAGCAUGUUUGUGUUGAUGAUAUGAUUGUUGCCAGUAAGUCUGUUGGUCUAAUAGUAAUGUAUU